CAAGCAGGUCAUAGGGCCUGAACCGAGCAACAGCAAUGUAGCAGAUGUCUGAGUCGAACUAACUGUGGAUGGUCAUCAGAAUGCUGUUACAGACAAACUCACUGGCAGUGUUCCUAGCACUGGUCACAUACCAGGUGUUAGCCGAUGGUCAGUGUAUGACCAAGGGAACAACUCCUGAAAUACGGGAUCUGGUGUUGGGGAGGUGUAUCGACUACCAGACAAACAUCAACCCUGGAGCUUUCUGUGUGAACGGGGUAUCUACACCUAGAAACUGUUCAGCUCUGGCAGAUAUGUUCAUCUCUGCAUUCGCCUUCCAACCUGCGUGUAAUGUAAGUUACAGUCGAUAUGAUGACUUCAUCAAAGCAGCCAAUGUUGACGUUCCUCCCGGCAAGAGCAUGUUCUGGUCUGGUGUGUACGGUGUCGUACAGAUGUACAGCAACCGUGGACAGAGAGCAACAGUGCUUGAAGAUACACUCAUAGGUUAUAUGGUGGACGGGUUACAGUUCUGUGCCCAGACCAAUCAGCCUGGUAUAACGUAUGAUGAAGACUGUCCUGGAUUUCAACAGACUGACAACUGUACUUACAAUGCAGAGUAUUCCUUCUGGGCCAUGGCGUCGAAAAAUUUUGCAUCCCAUGUCACUGGCGACGCACAGGUUAUGCUGAAUGCAAGCUUGGACCAGCCAUUCCGCGAUCUAUCUUUCUUUUCAACCUGGGAAAUACCGAAUAUGAACGCUAGCCAAAUAUCAAACGUCAAUAUUCUUAUGGUUCAUAUACCAGGACAAGACAUAAGAUCAACCUGUAACAGUGACAGUAUCUCUCAGCUGAAAAAGCGACUGAGGGCUAGAGACAUUACAUCUUCCUGUGAGGACAGUCCUAGAGGACCCCAAACAAUGCUCUGUGUGGACCAUCCAAGGGAAAUGGAAUGUGAUAAGGAAAAGGUCACAAGCGCUUCGUCUCAUCUCGCUUCUACUGGAGUACACGUUGCAGUGAUGAUCGCAGUAGUCACGUCCUUAUUGCUGUUAUUCAACAUAUGAUUACUACUUGCACUUAUCAUGAAAAACUGUUAAACUUCGAACGCUAUUGUUGGUGAUUGCCAUUAUGGAAUGUGACGAUGCUGCUGUGUCUCUUCGACUGAACUGUUAGUAUAACAAAAUGUUAAUAUGUACAGCUUGACAAUGCAAAAUUUUCAUGUUAAUUAAUGUUUGCAUGAGCGCAAAUGGUUAUAGUUUAAUUUCAUGCGAACAAUUAAAAUGUUCCUGGAUGUAACGUUGGAAGAUA